AUUUAUUUAGACAACAAUUACAGAAAUGUUUUUUUUUAUUUUAUAUAUAAUAAAACGAAUGAUAUAUAUAUAUAUAUAUAUAUAUAUAAUAAUACUAUUAUGACAAUUGUUAUUGUGUUUUGAUUGUCCUUUUCCGAUUGAUUCGCGCAGCUUACUUAUUAGCAAAGAGUAACUGCCCAAAUCGGGCAUGACAUCAUACUGACCAAAGUCCAUUCCAACAGCCCCAAAAACCUCCAUUGUCGUCGUCCCCCUAAGCUCUUGCAAGAUCACGACGAGGAGGAGGAGGAGGAGACGGAGAGGGAGGGGGAGGAAUGGCUCAGCUCCCCAAUUUGGAUAAUGCUCCCAUCAAUCUCAAUUCUUUCCGAGAUCAGUCUGCGAAAGAACUUAUCAACAUUUUGAAGAAUAUUCGAGGGAAGAAGUGUUUGGUUAUCGAACCUAAGCUCAGCGGCUCUCUUUCCUUGAUCAUCAAGAGCUCACUCCUCAAGGAUCACGGCGCUGAAUUGCGAUAUCUUACUGCUGAACCAGUUCAAACUGAUUGCACCAAACUGGUUUUUCUUGUCCCCAGCCGACUUGAGUUGAUGGGAUUGAUUUCCUCACAGAUACAUGAUGAUAGUUCAAAGGGGCUUCAGAGGGAGUAUUUUGUUUACUUCACUCCACGGCGAACUGUUGUGUGUGAGAAAAUAUUGGAAGAAGAGAAAGUUCAUGACUUAUUGACCAUAGGUGAGUACCCGUUGUAUCUUUUGCCACUAGAUGAGGACGUGAUAUCAUUUGAACUCGACCUUGCUUACAAAGAAACUCUGGUUGAUGGAGAUCCAACCUCCCUAUGGCAUAUUGCUAAAGCUCUCCACAAACUUGAGUUUGCUUUUGGACUGAUACCAAACGUAAGGGCUAAAGGCAAAGCAUCAACACGUGUUGCAGACAUCUUAAACCGCUUGCAAAUUGAAGAACCUGUUAACACUUCGGAGAUUGGCAUGCCAGAGAUCAAUACAGUCAUCCUUCUUGACAGAGAGGUAGACAUGAUCACUCCCAUGUGUGCUCAAUUGACAUACGAGGGGCUACUAGAUGAGUUCCUUGGUAUCAAGAAUGGUGCUGUGGAAAUAGACUCAUCUAUCAUGAGUGCUCAGCAAGAAGGGAAAAAGAUGAAGGUUCCCCUUAAUUCCAGUGACAAACUAUACAAGGAGAUACGGGAUCUAAACUUUGAAUACGUUAUCCAGGUGUUACGUCAAAAAGCAACAGCCAUGAAGCAAGAAUAUACAGAAAUGCCUAACCAAACAGUGUCGGAGCUGAAGGACUUUGUUAAAAAGCUGAACUCAUUACCAGAAAUUACAAGGCACAUAAAUCUUGCUCAGCAUUUGCAAACAUACACCUCAAAACAUGCAUUUCAUGAACGUCUUCAGAUGGAGCAGACGAUUAUUGAGGCUGAGAACUAUGAUGGAUGCCUCCAGUACAUUGAGGAGAUGAUACACAAGCAGGAGCCCUUUGUUAAUGUUCUGCGCUUAAUCAUCAUGUUUUCCAUUACAAAUGCAGGACUGCCAAAAAAGAUAUUUGACCAAUUGAGAAGAGAGGUGCUUCAUAGCUAUGGUUUUGAGCACAUGGCAACUCUGAAUAAUCUGGAAAAAGCUGGCUUUUUCAAGAAGCAGGAGAACAAAAGCAACUGGACGACAAUCAAGCGUGCGCUGCAACUUGUGGUUGAGGAUAUGGAUACUGCUAACCCCAGCGACAUUUCAUAUGUGUUCUCUGGAUAUGCCCCUCUGAGCAUUCGUCUUGUUCAGCACGCUAUUCGAUCUGGAUGGCGCCCCAUAGAAGAGAUAUUGAAGUUGCUCCCAGGACCACACACAGAAUCAAAAAGAAGUGGGUAUGCCAGCAGUUCAUUUGACAGUCCGGUUGGGUCUCCAGACAAAGUUGGUGAUGGAAGGCGGUCUUUGGUCCUUGUGGUUUUCGUUGGAGGCGUAACAUUUGCAGAGAUUUCUGCUCUUCGUUUUCUCAGUGGGCAGGAGGGAAUGGCAUAUGAUUUGAUUAUAGGAACCACAAAUGUUAUCAACGGGAACACAUUAAUCGAACCGUUUGCAGAGAAAUUGGGUUGAUUUGUAAAUUCAGGGUUUGAAUGGCUUUUUGCUUGUUCGCUUGAGAAAGCUGUAUGUAUAUGUUUGAAUUGCUGCUUCAUCUCGUAAAUUAUAACUCAGCUCUCAUUGUUUUGCGAUCUGAUUAUGAUCGUUUGUACUUUCUUUUUAUUUUUGUUUUUUCCGUUAAUGUUAUUCAAUACCUGAAAUGGAUCUGCUUCACCAAAGGAUUAGAUUCUAACUAAUUUUUGCUUAUUUAAAGGACUCUUUAUCAUUUCGCUUAAUUUUAAUGUAC